UACCUAAAAAAAUCAAUAGAAAUCCGACAUUUCCUCGCAGUUUCGACCCCCUUGGGAUGUCAUCUUUUGUCAUGCUCCUCCCAUAACAGCAUUAACCCCCCAUCUUCUCUCUCCUCUCUCUCUCUCUUUCUCUCUCUUCUCCAUGGAUUCAGACUUCUGGACCUCUCGCCUUGCUGCCGCUAAACGCCAAUUCAAUUUGCACAACCACCACCACCGUCACAGCUCCCAACUAGCAGGUUCCUAUAUGUGUGAUCGAUUGAGCAUCGAUGAUUUCGAGGUGGAAGAGGAGGGUCGGUCUGAUUUUACAUGUCCAUAUUGUUACGAGGACUUCGAUUUUGCGUCUCUCUGCUCGCACCUCCAAGACGAACAUUCUUGCGAGUCCAAAGUCACCGUUUGUCCCAUUUGCUCUGUUAAAGUUGCAAGCGACAUGUUAAGUCAUAUUACCCUGCAACAUGGACCUUUUUUCAAGUUGCAGAGACGUCGCAGGUUACGUAGAGCUGCAAUUCCCAGCAGUCAGGCACUGUCUCUCCUAGGAAGGGAUCUUCGUGAGGCCCAUCUGCAAGUUCUUCUAGGAGGUGGUGGAUAUCAGUCGAACAAUGCGUAUUCAUCUAAUGCAGUUACUGAUCCAUUCCUUUCAUCUCUUGUCUUGAACUAUGCUGCAUCCGAGGCAGAAGAAAUUUCAAAAUCUGUGGUAUCCAGUGCCGAGGACACUUCUACAAGGACCAAGGCACCAGCGCACAUAUGGAAAUCAAGUUUUGAUCCAUCAUUAAGUUAUGAAGAGCGGGAAAAAAGGACAAGACAGGCUGCUGGAAGAGCUUCUUUUGUCCAAGAUCUGCUUGUCUCAACUCUUCCGCUAGGCGACUAGUGGGAUGCAGUAAGUUAUUAAAAAAAAUAAUGUUAAUUGAGUUAUUUGGCAGUUGUGAUAAGGGGCAAUGUUGGGUGGAAUAGAAUUGUUUCAUAUUGUUGAACAACUCAAUGAAUGCCUCAUUGGAUGUACUAGUGAAGCAGUGUUAGUGAGUGCUUGAUCAUAAAAUCAAUAAUUUUAAGCUUCUCUAAACGAGAGAUGUUCUGCUUUCUCAUGAAAAUACUAAUUUUCUUUGUUUCUAGAAA